AGUUGAGAGAAGAGAGAGAGGAAAAGAGAAAGAAAAGAGAGUGACAGAGAGUGAGAGAGAAACGAAUCAAGAAAAAAUAUCAUUCCCUGUUAAACAGUAUCAAAUACAAUUUUGCUCACAACAUCGUCACCACCAGCAUCAUCAUCAUUACCUUAUCCACAUCCUCAUACUAUACCUGUCCUAUACUAUACUCAUCCUAUACACCAAACAGAAUUGUUCAGUGAGAAUAAAAGUUUCUUAAUCUACAACUUGAACUACAGAAACUCCAACAACCUUUCAACAGCAACAGUGUUUUUCAAUGUUAACAGAAUGCCAAGAAAGAAACUGGAUUAACAUCAACAAUUGAAGGCAAAUGAUAAUAUUUGUAAAGGAUAAAUGCUGCAAACACAAUUGACAAUCCAUUAAAUAUUUUCCAUUGAAUCAUCAUGAAUCAAGGAAUAAUACUUUUCACACUUUUACAAGGAUUAAUCUCGUUUAUUGACUGCCUUAAAAUUGUUAUGCUUGAAGUUCCUUCACCUACAAUUGCCGGUGAAUCAGUUGAAUUAACCUGUAGUUAUGAUCUUGAAGAUGAUAAACUUUACUCUGUUAAAUGGUACAAAGAUGGAUCCGAGUUUUACCGUUAUGUGCCUAAAGACUGGCCUCAUGCUCAAGUGUUGCCCAUGGAGGGUAUAAAGGUUGAUACAUCACGUUCAGCGAGUAGCUCUGUUUAUCUUCGAUAUGUUGACCUUAAUUCAGCCGGUAAAUAUCGUUGUGAAAUAUCGGCUGAAGCACCUUCGUUUAAUACGGCCGCUGAUGAAAGAGAAAUGGUAAUUUAUGCUCUUCCCAUUGAAGUUCCCCAAAUAAGCAUUGGACAGCGAAAGUACAAUCCAGGUGAAGAAGUAACUGCCAACUGUACUUCACCCAAAUCAAAGCCUACAGCCAAGCUAUCUUGGUUCAUCAAUGAUUCACCGGUUGAAGGCUCAGAAUUUAAAGCUGAUUAUUCAGCGACAUUACACAAUGAUGGGCUGGAAUCAUCAUUUAUAAGCUUAAACUUUGUGAUACAACCUCAACAUUUUAUUAAGGAUAUUAUUAUACUCAAGUGUGUCUCGGUGAUAGUUCAAGUUAACAAAAAGACUGAAACUCAGGUGACGUUGUACCGAACGGAUAGUCUGAAGAGUAAAAGCGAUAAUCUUCAGCGAAACUCAGUCAGUGAAAAUUUAAGUCAAGUCGGUGAUUUUGCAUGCCCAAGGAUUCGAUCGAGAAACCAUUUAGAAUUAAUAAUGAUAAUUGUUAUUAUUCUGAUUACAUUUAACAAUUUCAAUCCAAUGGAUACAUGAGAGAACUGGCUCGGAAUCAUUUCUAAUGUAUUCCAAUGGUAACACGGAAUCCAUGAUGGAACCUUAUCCAGACGAAAAAUGACCUCAAACUCUAUGCUUAUGUAAAUAACCAUGACUUGUUAUUGAGCAAAAAAACCUUUUUUCCCCUUCGAAUUGGAAGAUUAAAGAAGAGAACUUUCUUCCUUUUUCUUCUUCUUCUUUUUGUUGACUGUAAUAAAAAAACAUGAUCCAGCUCAUGAUACAAUUCAUGAUGAUUUUCCAAUCGUUUAUUGGAUUAAUCAACAUUCUAGUUGAAUUUGAAUCUCUGUUCAUAAUGUUAUUAUGAGAGAAUGAUAAUAAAAUUGAAAUCAUUUACUGUAA